AUGACUCAACCAAACCCCUACAUUCUCGCUGCCGACAACCCCUCCGCCCUUCUGACUCUGCUGCGCUCGAAUCCUUCCAUCGCUUCCGGUCAAGACGAACAUGGCUACUCGCUGCUCCACGCUGCCGCUUCCUACGGCCAUCGCGAUCUCCUCCGAGCUCUCGUUCAGGAAUUUCACGCAGACGUCAACAUCCUCGACGAAGAUGGAGAAACCUGCCUGUUCGUGACGGAGAAACUGUCGAUCGCUAAAUGCCUAGUGGAGGAACUCGGAGUGGACUACAACAAGAAAAACGAUGAAGGGUUAUCGGCACAGGAGACCAUCGAGGCUGACGGCUCAUUCCCUGAUAUUGCAGCCUAUUUGCGACAGGUUAUGGGUCUGCCACCCGCUUCGCCGGCCGAUCAGUCGAUGGAUGCCUUGAACCCCGCCCCGCCGCUGCCGGCUAAUAUUCAAAUGAACUUGGGGACAGUGUCGGAGCAAGAGGCAAAUGCAGGAACAGAGGAUGUGGAUCCAGAAUUCAAGCGGAGGAUUGAUGAGUUGGCUGCCCGGGAGGAUUUCCACAGCGAAGCCACGCAGAAUCAGCUGCGGCAGUUGGUUAUGGAUGCCAUCAGCGGCGCCAACAUCGAUACCCAGGAUAGAGAAGUGCGACAGAGGACAGACUAA